CGUGGCAAGUAAACAUUUCACUUCCUGUAGUUUCUGCUGUAUUGACAGCCGUCUCUAACAGUCACAUCCGACGUCUGUCAAAACACACUGCCUCGGACUUUGCAUAGCUUCUCGUUUAUUGCUCGGGCCGCUGUCGGUGUGAGGCGAGACGGACUGUUGUCUUACAUGACGAGCGGGAUUUAAGGAGCUCAGCAGCCGGAUAGGAGAGAUGGUGGCCGGGCUGCUGAUGGUGGUUCUCGGGGGGCUGCUGGAGGUCUGCAGCGGCGUCUCUGCAAACAGAGGAGGGUAUCCCACCUUCACAGACGAAAUACCUUUCAAAAUCACCUGGCCCGGGCCUGAAUUCACGCUGCCAGCUUCAGGUGCACUUUACAAGGAAGAUGACUUUGUCAUUAUGACGACGACAGAGCAGGAGAAGUAUAAAUGUCUGCUGCCUUCACUGACAGCUGGAGACGAGGAUGAUGGUAAGGAGUACAGCGGACCAAGUCCGGCUGAACUGCUGGACCCACUUUUCAAACGAAGCAGCUGUUCAUACAGAAUCGAGUCAUACUGGACAUAUGAAGUGUGCCAUGGAAAGCAUAUAAGACAGUACCAUGAAGAGAAGGAGACUGGACAGAAGAUUAGUGUUCAGGAGUACUUCCUGGGUAAUAUGGCACAGAAGAGCCAGUCGACAGAGACAGAUAAAGUCGAAGAGGCAGAAAAUGUCAAAUCAUCAGCCGAAACAGAAGUGCCCACUAAGAAUAUAGAAGGUCAGCUGACUCCAUACUUCUCGUUGGAGAUGGGAAAUGGGACUCCUUGUGUGCUCAAACAGAACCAAGCCCGCUCCACGGCCGUGCUGUAUAUCUGUCACCCUGAGGCCAAGCAUGAGAUCCUGUCUGUCGCUGAGGUCACUACCUGUGAAUAUGAGGUGGUGGUGUUGACACCGCUGCUUUGUUCACACCCAAAAUACAGGUUCAAGUCCUCCCCGGUGAAUGCCAUCUUCUGCCAGGCUCUGGCAGGCUCCCCUCUGCGGCCUCAGCGGCUUGCCCAGUUGGAUAAAGAGCAAGAGGAGCAGCUUAAACCGCCUUUCAGUGCCACCACAGAGAUCAGAGAGGAGGAGACGCCACCAGUGAGAGAGGAGGCCUUCACCUCCACUCACAAACCCAUGACUGUUGGAGGUCAGACCCAGGUCACUGUCGGCACCACACACAUCUCUCGUCUGACCGAUGACCAGCUAAUCAAGGAGUUCCUCAGUGGCUCGUACUGUCUGCAUGGGGGAGUAGGGUGGUGGAAAUAUGAAUUCUGUUACGGAAAGCAUGUCCAUCAAUACCAUGAGGAAAAAGAGCAAGGAAAGAACAUUGUGGUGGUCGGGAGCUGGAACGCUAAGGAGCACAUUGAGUGGGCCAAGAAAAAUGUUGCCCGGUCCUACCAGCUUAAAGACGAUGGGGUGCAGAAAGUCAAGUUGGUUUCCCACUUUUACGGCCACGGGGAUGUGUGUGAUCUGACAGGGAAUCCCAGGCAGGUCAUUGUUAAGCUCAAAUGUAAGGAGUCCGAGUCUCCCCAUGCUGUCACUGUCUACAUGCUGGAGCCUCAGACUUGUCAGUACAUCCUUGGGGUUGAAUCUCCGGUCAUAUGCAGGAUUCUCGACACCGCUGAUGAACACGGACUUCUGUCAAUCUCCAACUAAACAGACAAAGAUCGUAUGACAGCAAUAGCGCAUGAAGGACAAAGAGAGAACAGAUGGAGAGAGGCUGCACUUAAAGAGAAGGAGGACACUUGUCAUAAAACAGAAGAUGUGUGCUGGAGGAAGAGAAAUGCCCAUGACACUGCGCUAAAAUCCAAAAUCAAGGUUAAACUUGAUCCUGAGGCUGGACUUCAUUUGGCCUAGGAAGCAUGGCCCAUGCCCUGAUCUGUGCUCUGGGCAAUACGACAUCAUAGCUUAAUCCAGCAAGCAAGCUGUGAAAACACAGUGAAAUAGGGCCAGAUGCCUCACUCCACAAGGCAGUGGAUUUAUUGCUUGUACGUCAUAUCUAUGCUUCACUUUGUGUUGAUAAAUUGCAAGCAAAGGAGUAAUGAAUCAGGGGCAUUGUAAUUAUCAGGGGAAUCAGGGGUUUUAUUGUCUUUAAGGUCCGUAUUUGUGUGUGUGCGUGUGUGUGCGAUAUGAAAAGAUUACCUGCUUGACUGGCACUUGCAGAUGGGGCGCGGGGGGGGCAAGUCUGCAGCAGUGAGAAUGUGUUCCGUGUUAAUUUACAGGAUGAGUGAGUGUAACUUAUGCAUUCGUGGGUGCUGUGGACUAGAAACAAAAAGUGAGCGGUUGAUUAAACAAAUUUCAUAUGAGUUCGUAGGAUAUGCAGAAUGUCCGUGGAUUCCUAUGAGAGGUACUCUGUGGUUUUAUGACGAUGCACACUGGGAUCCUGAUCACUGCUGUAUCACAGGGAUAAAAAAACAAACAAAAAAAACAAUGCAUUUGCAGCAAAGAAUAAAACUAAAACAUGAACACA